GCAUCGCAACCUCGCAGCUUCCCCGGCGUGCAGCGCUCAUUUACCAAUUCCCUUCCUGGGAGCUGCGGCCUCCCUCGCUCGGCCCCACUCCCGUUUACCCUUUCCCCAGCUCCCGCCUUAGCCAGGGGCUUCCCCGCCUGCCGCUAGGGCUCGGGCCGAAGCGCCGCUCCGCGCCAGCCUGCCGCUCCCCGGGCUCCACUUUCACUUUCGGUCCUGGGGCAGCUAGGCCGGCGGCAGUGGUGGUGGCGGCGGCGCAAGGGUGAGCGCGGCCCCAGAACCCCAGGUAGGUAGAGCAAGAAGAUGGUGUUUCUGCCCCUCAAAUGGUCCCUUGCAACCAUGUCAUUUCUACUUUCCUCACUGUUGGCUCUCUUAACUGUGUCCACUCCUUCAUGGUGUCAGAGCACUGAAGCAUCUCCAAAACGUAGUGAUGGGACACCAUUUCCUUGGAAUAAAAUACGACUUCCUGAGUACGUCAUCCCAGUUCAUUAUGAUCUCUUGAUCCAUGCAAACCUUACCACGCUGACCUUCUGGGGAACCACGAAAGUAGAAAUCACAGCCAGUCAGCCCACCAGCACCAUCAUCCUGCAUAGUCACCACCUGCAGAUAUCUAGGGCCACCCUCAGGAAGGGAGCUGGAGAGAGGCUAUCAGAAGAACCCCUGCAGGUCCUGGAACACCCCCCUCAGGAGCAAAUUGCACUGCUGGCUCCCGAGCCCCUCCUUGUCGGGCUCCCGUACACAGUUGUCAUUCACUAUGCUGGCAAUCUUUCGGAGACUUUCCACGGAUUUUACAAAAGCACCUACAGAACCAAGGAAGGGGAACUGAGGAUACUAGCAUCAACACAAUUUGAACCCACUGCAGCUAGAAUGGCCUUUCCCUGCUUUGAUGAACCUGCCUUCAAAGCAAGUUUCUCAAUCAAAAUUAGAAGAGAGCCAAGGCACCUAGCCAUCUCCAAUAUGCCAUUGGUGAAAUCUGUGACUGUUGCUGAAGGACUCAUAGAAGACCAUUUUGAUGUCACUGUGAAGAUGAGCACCUAUCUGGUGGCCUUCAUUAUUUCAGAUUUUGAGUCUGUCAGCAAGAUAACCAAGAGUGGAGUCAAGGUUUCUGUUUAUGCUGUGCCAGACAAGAUAAAUCAAGCAGAUUAUGCACUGGAUGCUGCGGUGACUCUUCUAGAAUUUUAUGAGGAUUAUUUCAGCAUACCGUAUCCCCUACCCAAACAAGAUCUUGCUGCUAUUCCCGACUUUCAGUCUGGUGCUAUGGAAAACUGGGGACUGACAACAUAUAGAGAAUCUGCUCUGUUGUUUGAUGCAGAAAAGUCUUCUGCAUCAAGUAAGCUUGGCAUCACAAUGACUGUGGCCCAUGAACUGGCCCACCAGUGGUUUGGGAACCUGGUCACUAUGGAAUGGUGGAAUGAUCUUUGGCUAAAUGAAGGAUUUGCCAAAUUUAUGGAGUUUGUGUCUGUCAGUGUGACCCAUCCUGAACUGAAAGUUGGAGAUUAUUUCUUUGGCAAAUGUUUUGACGCAAUGGAGGUAGAUGCUUUAAAUUCCUCACACCCUGUGUCUACACCUGUGGAAAAUCCUGCUCAGAUCCGGGAGAUGUUUGAUGAUGUUUCUUAUGAUAAGGGAGCUUGUAUUCUGAAUAUGCUAAGGGAGUAUCUUAGUGCUGACGCAUUUAAAAGUGGUAUUGUACAGUAUCUCCAGAAAUAUAGCUAUAAAAAUACAAAAAACGAGGACCUGUGGGAUAGUAUGGCAAGUAUUUGCCCUACAGAUGGUGUAAAAGGGAUGGAUGGCUUUUGCUCUAGAAGUCAACAUUCAUCUUCAUCCUCACAUUGGCAUCAGGAAGGGCUGGAUGUGAAAACCAUGAUGAACACUUGGACACUGCAGAAGGGUUUUCCCCUAAUAACCAUCACAGUGAGGGGGAGGAAUGUACACAUGAAGCAAGAGCACUACAUGAAGGGCUCUGACGGCGCCCCGGACACUGGGUACCUGUGGCAUGUUCCAUUGACAUUCAUCACCAGCAAAUCCGACAUGGUCCAUCGAUUUUUGCUAAAAACAAAAACAGAUGUGCUCAUCCUCCCAGAAGAGGUGGAAUGGAUCAAAUUUAAUGUGGGCAUGAAUGGCUAUUACAUUGUGCAUUACGAGGAUGAUGGAUGGGACUCUUUGACUGGCCUUUUAAAAGGAACACACACAGCAGUCAGCAGUAAUGAUCGGGCGAGUCUCAUUAACAAUGCAUUUCAGCUCGUCAGCAUUGGGAAGCUGUCCAUUGAAAAGGCCUUGGAUUUAUCCCUGUACUUGAAACAUGAAACUGAAAUUAUGCCCGUGUUUCAAGGUUUGAAUGAGCUGAUUCCUAUGUAUAAGUUAAUGGAGAAAAGAGAUAUGAAUGAAGUGGAAACUCAAUUCAAGGCCUUCCUCAUCAGGCUGCUAAGGGACCUCAUUGAUAAGCAGACAUGGACAGAUGAGGGCUCAGUCUCAGAGCGAAUGCUGCGGAGUCAACUACUACUCCUCGCCUGUGUGCACAACUAUCAGCCGUGCAUACAGAGGGCAGAAGGCUAUUUCAGAAAGUGGAAGGAAUCCAAUGGAAACUUGAGCCUGCCUGUCGACGUGACCUUGGCAGUGUUUGCUGUGGGGGCCCAGAGCACAGAAGGCUGGGAUUUUCUUUAUAGUAAAUAUCAGUUUUCUUUGUCCAGUACUGAGAAAAGCCAAAUUGAAUUUGCCCUCUGCAGAACCCAAAAUAAGGAGAAGCUUCAAUGGCUACUAGAUGAAAGCUUUAAGGGAGAUAAAAUAAAAACUCAGGAGUUUCCACAAAUUCUUACACUCAUUGGCAGGAACGCAGUAGGAUACCCAUUGGCCUGGCAAUUUCUGAGGAAAAACUGGAACAAACUUGUACAAAAGUUUGAACUUGGCUCAUCUUCCAUAGCCCACAUGGUAAUGGGUACAACAAAUCAAUUCUCCACAAGAACACGGCUUGAAGAGGUAAAAGGAUUCUUCAGCUCUUUGAAAGAAAAUGGUUCUCAGCUCCGUUGUGUCCAACAGACAAUUGAAACCAUUGAAGAAAACAUCGGUUGGAUGGAUAAGAAUUUUGAUAAAAUCAGAGUGUGGCUGCAAAGUGAAAAGCUUGAACAUGAUCCUGAAGCUGACGCAACAGGAUGAAAAUCCAUCAGAAUCUCAGACUACAGCACUAAAUAUGCUUUGAUGCUACAUCAAAAGGAAUGGAAGCAUAGCUGACUUCGCUAAAGUUACUUCAUCUCCAUCUAGCAAAUGAGGCACUGUUCUCAACCAAAGGAGAUGGGGAUCUGGUUUAGGGCAAUCCCUUUAUAAUUUGAUGUGCUGUGGUCUCCUUGGUAAUGUAUAAUUUGGUAUUGCACAGGUGAUUAGUCAAGGAAGUCUGGAAAAGCUUUGGUCCCACAGCCUUGCCUCACAGCAUGUAAAUAAUUAAAACAAUAUUGAUGCUGAGGUUCUUCUACUGCUAGUAUGAAAGUGACAAAUUUUUACUGGUGUGAAUUGGGAAGAAAACAAUGCUAUUCCAUGACGUUUGUAAAAUGUUUGUAAAAGCUCAAACAUGACAAUUCCAUAAAAUAAACUUGAGGUUAAAUAAUGGGUAGUAAAUUAUAGAAUGUAUAAGAAAAAAUAUAAAGGAGAAAAUCAAUUAUCAGGAAAGCUAAAGAACUUUUCAAAUCUAGUAAUUUGAAUAUAGACACAAUGCACUUUAUUGCACUUUCAAUUCUUAUAAAGCAACAAUAAUAUUAAGGUCCUUGACUAUGUGUACAAUGUUUUCACAUAUAUAGUUUCAUUUAAUCAUUUCAAAGUUAAUCUCUGCCAUCUCGCUAAAUCAUCAGUCUCGGCUCUUCUGAAAUAGAAGGUGCCUGAUCUUCCUAAUAAUUCUGCCUAUUUUCAUUUGCUUUAAACAGGCGCCCUAUUUUCUUUCUAGUUGUGGCUGCGCAAAAACAUUUAUCUCCCAAAUAAGAUGUGCUGCUUACCGAGGUAUCACGGGGUGGGGCUCCAGCUUGGGUAGUUGAAGCUGGGGUUUGGGAAACCACUUCAGAGAUGGCAGCAGCAAGUUUAGCAUCUUCAAAUUUCUUUUAUUGAAAAAAAUUUUAUUAGUAACAUGUUGUAUAUAAAAUUAUGAGCACAAUGCCAUCACUUAACUAUAACUCUUAAAGAUAGCUUAAUGACUGUUUAUUCUCUUGACCAAAUAGACUCAUAAUAACAUAUAAUUUUAAAAGAAAUUUAAAUUCUUUCUUCUCUAUUGUAUUAUUUUAUACAAUUUGCUAUUUCUAUUUCCUUCUCAUAUUGAUUAUUCUAAAUACUAUGCAAUAAUAUAACUUAGAGUUCCAUGGUUUGUUUACACAUUUCCUGUUGUACAUUUAGGUUAUUCAAAGUUUUCAGCUCUUUUAAAAUUGCUCUGAAUAAGUUCUAGUGAGUGAGUUAUGGUGCUGGCUAUAUUUUGCCAAACUGCCCUCUCAAAUGUUGCUAGGAAUUCAUACUGCGAAAAGCAAUGAAUAAGCAUGCCUGUUUUCCCAUGGCCUUGCUUGCCAGAAUUUGACUUUUAUUACAUAUUUUUAUUUCUGAUAAUCAGUGUAAAAUGAUAUACUACUAUUGCUUGUAUAUUGUGGUAUAUGGUGUCAGGUUUCAGGGUUUUUUUUCAACGUUAAAUAUUCUAGAAACUUUCUGAAAUAAUUUCUGUUUAAAAAUAUUGAAUAUUUGCUUCAUUUCAAAUACUCCCUUUUGACAAAAAACUUAGGUAUAACUGUUGAUGAAAAACCAGAAAAAAGUCCAGAACUCUUUGGUGACUCCAACUAUGGAUAGCUUAUUUUGAAAAAGGAGAAUUGCAAAUUUUACCAAAAGAUGGAGAAAAGCACAUUAAAAAGAUACCAACAUUCAGAAAUUCAUUUCAGCAUGUUAUUAUUGGAAAUUAUUUAAACUAAUUUAGAUAACUAUAAGAUACUUAUUGUCCAUUUAUACCCUGUAAAGCCAUUUUAGAAUGUAAUAUUUUAGGUAAUCUAAAAUGUACUAAAUUAAAUUCAUUUUUAGUUAUGAGAAAUCUUUGCUUAUGUGACAAAUGAAAAGAAUAACAAGUUGUCAAAUGAAAAGAAUGACAUUGAAACAUUUGUAUUGUCUCUUCUUAAACUAUCUUAUUGACUUAUUAUUUAAGCCUUUUAAUACUAAGUAUGAAACAACCUAUGGUCUGGAAAUUUGUAUCGCAAAGCUAUAUGUGCAUAUGUUAUUUAAUUCAUCUAACGCUACACAAAAGCAUAAAAUAAUGAUUUUUCACUCUCUUUAAAAAUACUAAAUCAUUUAUGUCCAUUUCUCAAUUUUUUCAUUGAUCUAUGCUUUGAGUUUGCUUUCUCAACAUUAUUGUAUUUUCCAUUUAUUAUUACUGUAUAACAUAUGCUAGUGUUUAGUUGGAUUAAUCUUACCUAAAAGUACUGAAAAAUGCUUUUUAGUACUUUUUCAUAUUUUAUACAUUUAUUUUCCAAAUGUAUCAUUGAAUAAUUUUAUUGAGUUACAAAAAGUAUCUUAUUGCUAUUUAAUAAAAAAUUAACAUAUAAAA